AUGUCUGCCAACCCUGCUGCUAGUGGUCGGCCGUGGAGUGUUGUUCUCUGUACACUAAACUGGAUCGUCUGGUCAAACUGGACUAUCCUCUUCAAUAAAUGGAUUCUCGAAUCUACUCCAUUUCGAUACCCAAUCCUCCUAACAACAUGGCACCUCCUCUUCGCCACCCUCGCAACCCAGAUCCUCGCACGCACAACCUCCCUCCUCUCCGCGCGCUCCUCCGUCCCCAUGACCCCAACCCACUACAUGGCCAAAAUCGCCCCAAUCGGCAUUUUAUACAGCGGCAGCCUCGUCUGCAGUAACACGGCCUACAUGUAUCUAAACGUGGGGUUUAUCCAGAUGUUGAAGGCCUCCGGCCCCGUAAUAACGCUCCUAACAAGCGCCCUCUACGGCGUAACCGAGCUCACAGCGUCCAAGCUGCUCAACAUCGGCGUCAUCACCGCGUCCGUCGCGCUGACCGUGUGCAGCGAGAUCCAGUUCUCGUGGAUCGGCAUCGCCGUGCAGCUUGCGGCGCUGGUGUUUGAUUCUAUGAGGCUUGUUUUGAUGCAGAUGCUUACUUCUCCUUCUUCUCCUUCUUCUUCUUCUUCUUCUCCUUCGACUGCGGAUGUUUCUACUACGGCUGAGGAUGCAGGUGAAGAUGAAUAUGAAGAGAGUGAGCGUGGACGUGGGCGUGAAGGCAUCCUUCUCGAGAGAGACGGAGAUGAAGAGGCUUGUCGGGUCAGUUCAAGGGCUAGCCCGGCUAUUAUCGAGCCGAAAGGUCCCAGUGUCAGUGUCAGUACCAGUGCCAGUACCAGUGCCAGUCUCGGUAAUAGUAUUACUGGUGAAGCAAGCAAUACGAGUCCGAGUCCGAGUCCAAAACCGAAAGUCGAGCCCGGUAAGAUGGACCCCCUGCUUAGCUUGUACUACACGGCGCCUAUAUGCGCGCUCAUGAAUGGUGUUCUUGCGUGGAGGGCGGAGGUGUUGCCUUUCUUGCAAGGUCAAGGUCAAGGUCAGAACCAGGAUCAAGGCCAAGAUCAGGGCCAUGAUGAAUCAGGUGCCGGACUGCUGGGAAUAGCUCUACAGACCGGUCUUGGGGUUCUCCUGCUAAACGCCUGUGUUGGGUUUAUGUUGAAUGUUGCUGUUUUCACGCUGAUUGGCAAAACCUCGGGCCUGACAAUGACCCUCGUCAGCAUCCCCAAGAAUAUCCUCUUGAUCGUCGCAUCGGUGGUUCUCUGGGGCACGCAGAUCUCGGUAGUCCAGGGGGUGGGAUACUCUGUUGCCCUUGCAGGCUUGGUUGUUUAUGCUGGGGGCGGAGUGUUUAUUGCGAGGGGGUAUAGGAGGGUAGGUAGGUGUAUGGGCUUUGGGAGACGGGGCAGGUAUGACCUUUUGGAUGAAGGGAAGAGGAAAGAGGGGAAGGGGGUAUUUUAA